AUGGAGGAGGCGCGGCUCUUGUGGAUCCAGCGAGUGCAAUCCUGUCACUACAACAAGGAGCUUCAGUCUUUGCGUCAAGGCCACGCGCUUGAUCGAGGUAGCAAAUUUGCCCAAUUACACCCUUUUUUAGAUUCCCUGGAAGUCCUGCGGGUAGGAGAUCGCCUCGAGAACAGCCUUCUAUCGGAUGACGAGCGAAAUCCUGUGGUGCUGCCGUCUGACUCCCAUUUUUCCCGAUUGGUCGUCCAGGCUUGUCAUCUUCGAACUCUUCAUAGCGGAACGCAGCUCACGCUCGCGAUGCAGCUAAUGGACGAUUUACCUCGGGUGACUCCGGGAAAGCCCUUCCUGGACGUUGGGAUCGACUAUGUUGGACCCGUACAGCUGCGGACUGCUCGAGGGCGAGGUCACCGAUCCUACCGGGCUUUUCAUCCGCGAUAUUCGUUUGCCUACGCACCCGGGCCGUCCACUUGGAACCGAUGUCCGACUACACCACCGACGCGUUCCUUGCAGCCUUGCGUCGGUUCACCUCCCGUCGAGGACUUUGUUGGACGAUAUGGAGCGACUGCGGAACGAACUUCGUGGGGAGCGGACACCCAGCUACGACGACUCUUCGCUGCCAGCAACCCGGAGCUACAGCGGAUCCAGGGCGAGUUAGCGUGUGAUGGCAUCCACUGGCGAUUCAACCCGUCGUCUGCCCUACACUUCGGUGGAAUUUGGGAAGCUGCCGUAAAAUCCAUGAAGCACCACUUACGUCGGGUCAUCGGAGACGCCAUUCUUACCUUAGAGGAGAUGGCGACCCUUCUCCCCAGGUUGAAGCGUGCCUGA